CGGCCGCCUGCGCCUGGCGGCGGCCCCGACACCAGCAGAGAAGCCGCGCAGCCGGCGGAAUGGAGCGGCGCCGGGGCUGAGCCGGGCGCACUCGGGCCGCCGCAUGUGCCGCGCGGGGAGCAGCUGCCGAGCGGGCGGACAGCGAACGCCAGGGGCCCCGUCGGAGCGGCCGCAGGAGCAGCGCCGGAGAUGGGAGAACAGCCCAUCUUCACCACCCGAGCGCACGUCUUCCAGAUUGACCCCAGCACCAAGAAGAACUGGGUGCCCGCAAGCAAGCAGGCCGUCACUGUUUCCUAUUUCUACGAUGUCACCAGGAACAGCUAUCGAAUCAUCAGUGUUGACGGAGCCAAGGUGAUCAUAAACAGCACCAUCACCCCGAACAUGACGUUCACCAAAACCUCCCAGAAGUUCGGGCAGUGGGCAGACAGCAGAGCCAACACAGUGUUCGGUUUGGGAUUCUCCUCAGAGCAGCAGCUCACGAAGUUUGCAGAGAAAUUCCAGGAGGUAAAGGAAGCUGCCAGACUCGCCAGAGACAAGUCCCAGGAGAAAAUCGAGACCUCGAGUAAUCAUUCCCAAGAAUCUGGGCGUGAAACCCCAUCUUCCAUCCAGGCAUCCAGCGUCAACGGGACGGAUGAUGAGAAGGCCUCGCAUGUGAGUCCGGCUGACACCCACCUCAAGUCUGAGAAUGACAAACUGAAGAUCGCUUUGACACAGAGUGCUGCCAAUGUGAAGAAGUGGGAGAUUGAGCUGCAGACCCUACGGGAGAGCAAUGCUCGGCUGACCACAGCCCUGCAGGAGUCGGCGGCCAGCGUGGAGCAAUGGAAGAGACAGUUCUCCAUCUGCCGAGAUGAGAAUGACCGGCUCCGCAGCAAGAUUGAGCAGCUGGAAGAACAGUGCAGUGAGAUAAACAGGGAGAAGGAGAAGAACACCCAGCUGAAGAGCAGGAUUGAGGAGCUGGAGUCGGAGCUCCGAGAAAAGGAGACGGAGUUGAAAGAUCUCCGGAAACAAAGUGAAAUCAUACCUCAGCUCAUGUCCGAGUGUGAAUAUGUCUCUGAGAAAUUAGAGGCAGCGGAACGAGACAAUCAAAACUUGGAAGACAAAGUGCGUUCUCUAAAGACAGACAUCGAGGAGAGUAAAUACCGACAGCGCCACCUGAAGGGGGAGCUGAAGAACUUCCUCGAGGUUCUGGACGGAAAGAUCGACGACCUCCAUGACUUCCGCCGAGGACUCUCCAAGUUAGGCACAGACAACUAGGCCAGGCGGAGGAGCCUGGGUCCUGAGUCUCCAGUGUGUGUGUGAGAUGAAGUAGGCAUAGGAUGUUCUCCAUUUCUGUUGCUUCUGUAAAUGCAGGUGCAGUCUGUCUGUCUCCAGACCAGUUGUGCCGUCCACCCACUCCUCCAGAACAGUAAAUCUCUCGCGUCUCUGGCCUUGGGAGGUUGUGGACAACUGGAAGCUUCUGACUCAGGAAUCCAGAACUUGGUCUACCUUAGCCGUUUACGCAGUCAGGGCAGGGAUGUUUAUAUCUUUUUUUUUUUUUUAAGGGCUGUUGCAACCCUGUGAACUGAGGGGGGAAAGUAUUUUCUAAUCCAAGUAUCAAUAUCCUUUAUAACAGGCCACUGGGCGCCUUCUGUUGCGUAGCAUUCAGCAUGUGUGACUCUCCGCAGAUUCCAGUCCAUGAGCACAUGGAGGGAGUGUCUUUUCUCAGUAUGCAUUUGGAUGCUUUAGCAGAUGUAUCUAACCUUUUGAUGUUGUGAUACAGCAUCAUCAUCCCCAAAGUUCACACUCAAGGACUGAAAAAUUGGCUUACCCAAAAAGAAAUAAUUGUCAAAAAAAAACUUACAAUGUUUUAAGUAAAUUUACUAUUUUGUGUUGGAGCACAUUCACAGUUAUCCUUGGCUGCAUGUGGCCCUUGGGCUGUAGGCCAAGCCUACCUAGUUGAAAGGAACCAUUUAGUGGAGACUUAUCCAGAGGGAAGAAAACACAGAAGUUGUGGGGUACACCUACAGAUAGGGGACCACUUGUACCCACUGUGCCCCAUCCUCCCCUGAUUUGUAUGGUUGCGACAAUGUUCCUUUCCUUGUUUUUUUUUUUGUUUUUUGGGGUUUUUUUUUGUUGGUUGGUUGGUUGGUUUUUGUUUUGUUUUUAUUUCAGAGCAUAUGCUUACGCUGUGGGAACAGAUGCAGGAGGGUCCUUCACACAGUGCCGGGCACACAAUAGGUGCUUAAUAAACAUUUGUUCAAUUAAACAUAUAAACAGAAUUUAGUGUUUUCAUCAAAGCCCACAGCAGAGUUGAGACCCCGGUUGAAUCCGACAUCAUCUUUGUUGUGCUGAAGUGAUCAGGAAUGAGUGCAGUUUACUGCAGCAAACCCCAGACUUGGCUCUGAGGCAGGGACAGUGGCAAUGGAGGCAUCACGGACUACUCUGAGACCCUCCUGCAGGGAGCCCAGCCCUAGAGGUCAUCGCCUUUGGGACCACCUUCUCUUCUAGGCAGAGGGCCUAUCAUGUGAGGCUUCUAGGUUAGUGGGAGAGCCUGGUAUAGGAGCUAACCUAGGCUUAGAAGCUCGCCUGGGUUCCUAUAAUGGGUUUGAACAAUUGAGAAGAUAUCCCUACAGGCCAUGAGGGUAAGAGAGCUGCCCAAGAGGCUGCCCUUGACCUUAGUGACAGAGCAUCUCUGUUCUACCCAGGUCUGCCUUUCCUUUCUUAGUUCCUGCUAAGGAAGGACCUGGAGCCAUGCAGCUGUCCUCUCAGAGACUUCUUAGUGUACCAUUGGGCACUCAGGUCUGAGGUGUCCUUCCUUAGGAGAGAUUGUCCAUGGGAGACAAGGGGUUUUAUGUCCAGACCCCCAACACUUCUGAAUGCCUUGGGCAAGGGGAACUUUGGUAUUCCCUGCCUCUCUAAGAACCCUCUAGACAGGACUUCACACAGAGUAGAAAUUCUUCCUCUUGACUUUGCAUGAAUGAGAAAACAGCCUGAGGAAGGGGCUGGGGCCGGUAUGUCCGUGACCAGGCCCUGUGGUGAUUUCCAAGUCCACAUCUUUCCUUGCAGUAGCUGAGCAGUCACGCUGAGCAAGGGACUCAAUUGGGAUAGGAAAGGAAGGCAGGCUGGCGAUAUGGAAUGCUGAGGUAGGUUAAGGGGAACCCGUCAAGUGAAGGUGUCUUGUGCAACCAGAGUGGUCACCUGUGGGGCAAUUUAACCCCGGGCUGCUGCUGGCCCUGCCCUUCCCCACAACUCCCAAUAGGCCUCAAGCCGGUUGUAGCUCUACUGGAACACUAGGAGAGCAAAGACUGGAUUGGCUAUGACCCAACUUGGGGUGAGGAGGACUCUUCCUAGUCCAUCUUGGCCUCCCUGUCUAUCAGCAGCCUAGGCACAUGGCUGCCCAAGAGCGCUGGACACUAGGAUCCUGAGCUUAGGCUUCAGGUGAGCCUCUGUCUACGGUGACGUACUCAUCUAGAAGGAGCUGUCUUGGCGGCUGGGGUGGGAGCUGGUGACAUGGUGACGUAUGACGAUAGUUGCCAAAGCCCCUUCUUCGUCCUCAUGGCAGUGACUUCCAAAAGUGACGAGAAUGGGAAUGUAGAAAGUUCUGGAAGUCAUUACUGCAGUGGGCUGGCUGUAAGGUUGAGACCAUGAUCCCUACUGUUAGCUGCUGAGGAGUUUGGCAAGCUUCUUGUAGCCAGUAGGUGGGGGAAAACAGAGUCUUUGUGCUGUUAGACUCAGGCAUCCCCCAGACCGCCACAACCCAGGAGCCUAAGAGCGAGCCUAGGGGCUCCCCUAAGGGUGAUUUAGGCUCCACAGCGAACCCACAAAGCUAAGUAACCGCUGACCUUCCCUUCCAUCUGCUUUCUCUAAAGAGCUCACGUUUCUUCAUUUGAUGUCUUUUUAAGAACAUCAUGACCCAGGGAUAGCCUGAAUGGUCAACAGGAGGCUGGCCCCGUCUAUAGCCUCUGGCUCUGCUCAGAGCAGAUGACCCACUGAAACUGGUCAGUAUCUACCCACACCGGUGUGACAUGCCUUCAGUGAUUGUCUGGGACUGUUGUCGUGACCUCAAACCCUGUGCAGGUGGGUGUGAGCUCUCUCCUCCCAGCGGUUACCGCUGCAGUGAGCCACCUGGAGAACCAGGUUUCACGUGAGCUCUCCUGGCCCGGGCAGCUCCACGACUGGCAGUCUGGGCCUUGAUUAGCUUACUUUCUGCAGCCAUCCGCACGGGGCCUAAAAGAGGCCAGGGAAAACUCAUAACCCUUUCACCAUGAUCCUUCUGUGUCUCUAACUUAGGGCUGGGCAGGGAGAGGACCUGUUUCUGGUGCCUAAGGAAUGUGAAACCACUAGAGGGACAGAGUGGGAGAGCGAAACAGAGCCCAGGCUAGACCUCCGAUCAUCCUCAGUUAUGUCUCCCCAGGAGCUGUCACUUUAGACCUUCACUGGGUGAGAGAACUUGGCAGAGAUCAUCAACAGGAAGUGGAGGCAGAGUGGCAUGCCCAGGAGAACCCAGCUGUGACCAGCAGCAAGGGCUCUCGGGUCUCCUGACUUUGAUCCACUGUUUUCCUAUGCACCAUUGUUCACCUUUGAUGUUCCUUAGAUGCCAAGAAGAAAUAAAUACCCAUCUGCCC